UAUUGAUACAAAUUAUUCGAUAAUUUGCCUGAGAGAAUUUUAAUUUGUUUUUCAAUUUUUUUUUCUCUUUACACAAACGCUCCCCCAAUUCGUUUACGCGGCAGAGGCAGGAUUCAAGUUCGUUUUAAUGGCGUCUCUUGCAAUUAAAUCAGGGGCAUUGGUUACUUUACCAGAGCUUCAACCGUCUUCUGAGUUUUUUAAGGAAGGAGCUUCACUAAGAGUAACUGGAAGGCUGCAAGAGUAUUCUGUGGAGACGGCCAUAGCUGUUAUUGCUGAUCAAAGUGCUGUCCUAAAGAUAGAUACCAAGCACUUGAGGGAACUUAGUUUCCGAGUCGGCUCCAUCUUCCAAUUCAUUGGUGAACUCCAUAUUCAACCCAACAAUGAAGCAAUCCUGCAAGCACGUAUUGGUAGGAAUGUUGAUGGUAUUGACCUCAAUCUCUAUCAUCAGUCUUUGCAGCUAGUAAGGCAGUUCCAAGCUGAGCGGAUGAACAGUGCAACUACGUAAUGAAGUUUUAGAUUUAAACAGACUUGGUAAUGAUGUCAAGGAACUUAAGUAAGCCACUACUAAGCUUAUAUCUGCCACAAAUAGAAAAGGAAUUUCCAUUUUUGGUUCUUCUAACUGUUAUGUUAUGAUUGUUAUCAAAUUAAAUAGUGUUUUCAUCAGAUAUCCAACAAAGUAUUUCAUCCGAAUUUAAACUUAGCCUUGUUGUAGCUUGUGUUCAAUACCUUAUAUUAAAACUCUCAAGGCACUGUCUUCUUUACUUCAUGCCUUCAAUGCUAUGAAAAAGGUAAGAGGUGGAAAGUUUGUGAUAUCAUUAUUUAAACCUACGUACAGCAUGGAUAAUUUGGUUAUCCAGUUGAAUCUUAUAGGUAUUCUAGCAUCAUUCCCAUUGUCGUAAAUGGAAGCAUCUUAUUAGGU